GUCGUACGUAUAUUACUCCAAUCCUAUAUGAAAGCAUCCUCUAUCCUUAAGAACGAGACUUGAAAUGAGAUGGAUGCAUGCAUUCCCAGAUGGAUGUGCUGACAUGAUAUGAUCAACUCUACAACUGGCUUCACAUUUCGAAUUGGUUGUAAAAAAAAUGGCUGGCCUUGCAAUUUGGCAUGCCAAUGUUCGACUUUGCAAACGCAGCCGAUUCAUAGCACUCACUCUACUUGGCGACAAACGACUAUGUACGCUACGAUUCCAGCAGCAACCUUUGGCCGUCGAUCUCCUCAACCCUUCCGUUGAACAAGAAAAGCGCUCCCACAAGCUUAAGAGAUUGGUGCAAUCUCCCAACUCUUACUUCAUGGACGUUAAGUGCCCUGGCUGCUUCAACAUUACCACUGUCUUCAGCCAUGCUCAGACUGUCGUUCUCUGCUCUUCCUGCGCCACCGUCUUGUGCCAACCCACUGGUGGUCGUGCCCGUCUCACUGAGGGCUGCUCCUUCCGCAGAAAGCUCAACUAAAAUUAAAAUGCUUGUAACCUCCUGGAGAUAAUAAAAACAUAGGAAUACAACGAUUUCCACAAAUACAUUGUUUACAAUACUGUGUUAUGUUCAUGAUGUUUCUUCAUUUCUUUUACUGUGCAAAGAAUGGAGAAUAGAAAAAACGG